AUGGCAGUGUUCAGGAAGUUAAUACUUCUUCUCUGGAAGAAUUUCAUCUUAAAGAAGCGGAAGACUCUGGUAACAGUCCUUGACAUUUUGAUGCCGUUACUAUUUUCUGCAAUUGUAUUGUAUCUUCGUUUCAAUAGUGUGCCAAGAAAAAGACCUUCUACUAACUACCAUGCAGUUGAUAUCAGUUUGCUGCCAGACUUCUUCCAUAAUUUUCCUCUGAAAAAUAAAUUUCAACUAGUUUAUAUCCCUUCCAAAAGUGAAACUUUGAAGGCUAUCACUGAAAUGGUGGAACAAACCUUUGAUGUUGAGUUUGAAGUUCUAGGCUAUUCUUCAGUGCCUUUGUUUGAAAGUUACAUAAUUAAGGAUCCCAAAGCUUUCUACAUAUUGACAGGAAUUGUUUUUGACCAUAGAUUCAAUGACAGCAAUGAACCUUUGCCACUUGCGGUUAGAUAUAGCUUGCGCUUCAGUCACAUUCGGAGGAAUUAUUUACCGUUGAAGCACAUAUUUUUUGAAGAUGACAUACAAGGCUGGUGCACAUCCUUUCUUUAUCCCCCUAACCCAAGCCAAGGACCCCGGGAACUUCCACAUGUCGAUGGGGGAAACCCUGGAUACAACAAAGAAGGCUUCCUGGCCAUACAGCAUGCUAUCGAUAAAGCCAUCAUGUGGCACCAUGCUCGCGAUGCGAUGACCAGCAUGUUUGAGAGUCUCGAUGUGCUUGUGAAGAGAUUCCCAUAUGGACCCUAUAUUCAGGACAACUUCUUCCUAGUCCUUCAGAAUGAGUUCCCUCUGCUUCUCAUGCUCAGCUUUAUCUGCAUUGAGCUUGACAUCAUCAACUCCAUUACGCUGGAGAAGGAGAAAAAACUGAAGGAGUACAUGUGCAUGAUGGGACUGGACAGCUGGCUACACUGGGUUGCUUGGUUCAUCAUGUUCCUCAUUUCUGUCUCCAUUGCUGUUUCUUUAAUGACCAUUCUCUUCUGCACAGAGGUGGAAAAUGUGGCAGUGUUCAAGAACAGUGACCCUAGUUUGAUAUUUGUUUUUCUAAUGUGUUUUGCCAUUGCCACAAUUUUCUUUGCAUUCAUGAUAAGCACAUUCUUCCAAAGAGCCCACGUUGCAACUGCCUUAGGAGGGAUCAUCUUCUUCUUCACCUACGUCCCAUACCUGUACCUCAUUUUCAGCUACCCCCAGAGGAGCUCCUUGCAAAAGAUCGUGUCUUGUUUGUUCUCAAAUGUUGCCAUGGCACUGGGAGCCCGAUUCAUCUCCAUAUUUGAGGCAAAAGGCACAGGCAUCCAGUGGAAGAAUAUAGGCAGUGUAAGUGGAGAGUUUAACUUCACUCAGGUGCUGCUGCUGCUGCUGCUGGACUCUUUCUUAUACUGCUUGAUAGCCUGGUACGUGGAGUCCGUCUUCCCAGGGAAGUACGGUACACCCAAGCCUUGGUACUUCUUCAUCAUGCUGUUCAUGGGGGAUCCCGGAAAAGCCCUGAAAAGCGAGUUCAUUGAGGAAGAACCUACAGAUUUGAUAAAAGGAAUUGAAAUCCAACAUCUAUACAAGGUGUUUUACAAGGGAAGGCGUGAACACACAGCAAUCAAAGGUAUGACCAUGAAUAUGUACAGGGGGCAGAUCACUGUUCUCCUGGGACACAACGGAGCAGGAAAAACCAGCAUCUGCUUCAUGCUCACAGGUCUUAUUCCACCUUCAAGUGGAUGGGUAUAUAUCAAUGGAUAUGAAAUUUCACAAGACAUGGCUAAAAUUAGGAAGAGCCUGGGCUGGUGCCCCCAACAUGAUAUUUUAUUUGAUAAUUUCACAGUAUCAGAACAUCUUUCUUUCUAUGCUCAGCUGAAAGGCUUAUCACUCCAGAAGUGUCCAGAAGAAGUCAAGCAGAUGCUGCACGUCCUCAGUCUGGAGGACAAGUGGAACUCCCAGUGCAGGUUCCUGAGCGGGGGGAUGAAGCGCAAGCUCUCCAUUGGCAGUGCCCUCAUAGCAGGCUCCAUGGUGUUGAUACUGGAUGAGCCCACCUCGGGCUUGGAUGCCAUCUCCAGGAGAGCCAUCUGGGAUCUUCUUCAGCAGCAGAAGAGGGACCGCACCAUCCUGCUGACCACCCACUUCAUGGAUGAGGCCGACCUGCUGGGAGACCGCAUCGCCAUCCUGACCAAGGGCGAGCUGCAGUGCUGUGGGUCGUCACUGUUCCUCAAGCAGAAAUAUGGUGGAGGGUAUUAUAUGACUUUACUGAAAAAACCUCAUUGUAACACAGAGGACAUUUCUCAUCUGAUUUAUCAUCACAUACCAAAUGCAGUUUUGGAGUCCAGCAUUGGAGAAGAAUUAACAUUUAUAUUUCCUAAAGAGAAUGUGUACAGGUUUGAAUCUUUAUUUACUGACUUGGAACUGAGGCAGACAGAGUUGGGCAUCUCCAGCUUUGGGGUCUCUGUCACCACCAUGGAGGAUGUCUUCAUUCGGGUUUGUGUCUUGGCAGAUUCCAGCACAGAUAUCCCAAACAUCAAGCGUCCCUCUCUCCGUUCCCAGCAAUUGAUUAACAGAGUUCCUGUUGACAGAAUUAAAUAUCUUCAUUCAAGGAUCUUCUCAAUACGGACAGGCCUGCCAAUCAAACUAAACACCGGA